AUGAACAAGGAAAUGGGCUAUUUUAAAAAACGUAAAGAAGAACAUAAUAGCAGCUUGUCUGCCUUACAUAAAUACGCGACAAACGAGAGCAUUGCUCGUGCUGGUAAACCACAUACAAUUGCUGAGUCUCUAAGUAAACCAUGUAUGACUGAAAUAGUUCGUUGCAUGAUUUGAGAAGAGGCUGCUAAGAAAAUUGCAACUGUUCAAUGCUCCAACAACACUAUAUCUGAUCGGAUACAUAAAAUAUCGGACCACAUUGAAGAUCAACUAAUAAACCGGUUGAAAAGUUGUAACAUGUUUGCUAUUCAACUUGACGAAAGUACUGACGUUGCUGGACUUUUAAUACUGCUUGUUUUCGUGAGGUAUAUUUUUGAAACAUCUAUCGAAGAAGAUUUAUUGUUUUGUACUGCUUUGGACACAAAUACCACAGGUGAAGAAAUUUUUAAAGUCAUCGAUAGUUAUAUGAAUAAACAUCAGGUUGAUUCAAUGACUUACAAGCUAUUCGAAUAAGGUACCAAGAUUUAGUGGACGAUUUGAUUGCGGAGAACAGUCUGCUGGUUGGCAGACUACUCGAAGCACGCAGCAGUAAACCAACUGUAGGAACAAAGCAGCAACAGGCGAAGCCAAAGACGACCGACUUAGCUACGGAGCUGGCUAGCAAGCCUAAAAAGCCAGCUAUGUCUAGCGUACAUGUAGCAGGAGGUCCAAAGCCACGAAAUUAAUGUUAUACAACAGACACGGAGGCAGUAGCAUCGGACCAAUUUACAGUUGUAAGAAGGAAAACGAAGAGAAAGAGUAAAAAUAGGAAGCACAACCUGACCUCAGAAACGGACUCGGGAACCGAGACCAGUUCAAAGGCAAAAUCAGACGUGCUUAAGUGGAAAGAAAAGGCUGAGAAGCUCAAGAAGAUCGAGCCACCGAAAACCUUUACGGUCGGGGUAGGAAACUCCAGCAUAGGGGAUGUAAAGAAGACUUUAUGGUCAGACUUACUUAAAAAGACCGAGCCAUUAAAUAUUGUAAGCACACGUGUCAUGCCAAAGGAAGACAUCCAAAUAAUCCCGGCGGACAAGGCAACUUACGACGCCCUAAAGACCAUAUCGACUGAGCGAACAGACCUAGUGCAAAAUACACUAAGAUCACCAAUGGUCAUGAUCCACGAUGUAGAUGUUACCCUAACAGGAGAAGUACUUGCGUCCACUUUGGCAAUACAGAACUCAGUACUGGGCUUAAGUUCGGACGAAGCCGUGGCGGGAAUAAAACCGUCCUUUAAAAAAGGACCACCGAACAAGGAAACGGUACACUGGGUAUGCAUUGUAAAACCCGAAGUGCUAAGUAAAAUUGUGGGUAAAAAAGUGUUCCUUGGCAUGUCUUAUUGCAGAAUAACCGAAUACUUUGAUUACAAUCAAUGUUUCAAAUGUCUGCAAUAUGGACACAGAAAGAAGUUUUGUGUGUCAAUGUUUUUUGCGUGCCACCAUUACGCAGAGAAAGGCCACAUGGGAAAAGACUGUCCCAACAAGGAAGGAGCAUGUAUGUGUGACGCAUCUAAAUAUCCGUUUUACAUAUGUUUUCUANUUCAAAUGUCUGCAAUAUGGACACAGGGAGAAGUUUUGUGUGUCAAUGUUUACUGCGUGCCACCAUUACGCAGAGAAAGGCCACAUGGGAAAAGACUGUCCCAACAAGGAAAGAGCAUCAAAAUGCAUUAA